AUGUUUGUGGUUAUUAAUUUCAUCACUGUGAUGUGGUACAAUCCCAAUUUGGACACGGAUUGCCCACCAUGGGUAUAUGCGAGUUGCGCGUUGGGUCUGUUUUUGUACCAGACUUUUGAUGCCGUAGAUGGCAUGCAGGCGCGGAGAACCAGACAGAGUGGACCAUUGGGAGAAUUGUUUGAUCACAGUGUCGAUGCUUGCAACACCGCAUUCGGUGUGUUGAUCUUUGCCGCGGCGAUGAACCUCGGACAGUCUUGGGCUACGAUUCUGAGUCUGUUCGGAUCAACCAUGACCUUCUACGUGCAAACCUGGGACGAGUACUACACUCAGGUCCUGACACUCGGCGUCAUCUCUGGUCCCGUCGAGGGUAUCCUCACCCUUUGCACUGUCUACGCAUUCACAGCCUACAUGGGCGGCGGCAGCUUCUGGCACCAGCCGAUGCUGGAGACAUUCGGCGUGUCUAAGCCCAGCUUCAUCUCGCAACAGGUAUACGAGAUGCCCUUUACGCAGUGGUACCUGGUGUACGGCGCGUUUAUGCUUCUCUUUGCCAUCGGCUCGAGCAUUCUGCAUGUCAUGCAGGUGCGCCGCCAGCGCGGUCUGGAUCCCAUCGCGCCGUUGUGUGGUCUCUUGCCCCUGGUGGCAAUUUGGACCCUUGUCCCCGCCUACCUGUACCUCAACCCAGCUGUCUUGGAGAAUUACACCGUUGUCUUUGGCAUGUACAUUGGUUUGAUUAACGCCUAUGCCGUGGGUCGCAUUAUUGUUGGUCACCUGGUGCAGUCCGGUUUCCCUUACCAGAACAUCCUGCUGUGGCCGCUGGCUCUCGGUGUGCUGGACAGUGCUGGCCCGCUGCUCGGUCUUUGGUCCGAGCCUGUACUUGGUGAAGGUAACGGGCAGACUAUGUUCGUGUUUGGAUGUCUCGGUUUGGCCGUGGGCAUCUAUGGCAGCUUCGUGUUCGAUGUGAUUACCACGAUUUGCGACUACAUCGACAUCUGGUGCCUGACCAUCAAGUACCCCUUCGUUGAGGAGACAGACGGCAAGAACGGAUCGGCGACAAAGGCAACUGUUGAGGGUGCGUUAAAAAAGACAAUUUAA